UUGGUUAAUCUCUUGACUGCAGAAGGCGGGGUGGACGAGGAGGAAGAGGAGAGGCCAGCUGCAGAAAACACAAGUCACUGCAGUAACAGAGAGAUUAGAUGUGACUGAACUGCUGCUGGGACGUUAGUGUGAAAUGUUAGGGUGCUAUUUUGGAGAUACUGCUGCCUUAAAUUAAGAAUAUUUUCUGGUAUCUCACAACACACAUACACUCAUCAUCAUGGGCCAGCUGUUUUCAUCAGAAGAAGAGCCUUCUCAGCUGAAGGACAUAAUUGGUUCUCUCCUCUACGAUGCCAUGUUGGAAGGUGGUGCUGUGCCUGACCUCGGAGUCGUCCACCCUUUCCUCCUAGCCAAUCACGAUGAGAGCUUUGACUCCAGGACCAGCCUCCAGGAACAACUACGAAAGCUGCAAGGUGACAUUGGGCACAAGGCGCCAACGUAUCUGAAGGAUCUGAUCAGCCGAUUGUCGUCCUUCUCAGAUGAGCCACGUCUGGCCGGUUUGGUGGGAUUGGCGAUCACUAUAGUGAUGGAUAUGGCCUACACAUCAUCGAAGCAGUCAUCAGCUGUGAAAGGGAAGUCAGCGGGGUCAUCGUCAUGCCAGCAGAGAGUCUGGGAGCUCCAGGAGGUGAUGGAGGAGUACCUGAAGCGAAUUAGGAUCAACUUGAAUGACAAAAACAAGCUGAUCCAGGACUCCAUCAGACUCGAGGCCCAGCUCAGCCUCAUCCUCACCCAGCUGAAGACCUCUCUGCUGGGAGGAGACUGUGACUCCAGGUCUCUGAGGCACUGGGCAAGUGGAGCGGCUUUUCACACCCAGAUGUUGGUUCACCUGGCUCGUCUCGAGGGUCAGGCUGAGCCCCUGGCUGCAAGGGCUUCACUGGAGCAGUACAAGGAAGACCUCACACAGAUCAUACCUGCUUACAGGCGUUAUAAGUCUAAUACAGUGUGCGUGGUGAAAUGUCGAGGAGAUCUUCUGGCAUCAUGUGACCCCUCCAGUGAGGUGCCAGAAGAUGGAUCCAUGACGGGACUCACUGUGAUGGACAGAGAGACAGGAAAGAGUGUGACCAUCCCUUUAUCUGCCAUGAAGACAGACACAGAGAGAAGAUGGAGAGUCUCCAGGCCCGAAACCACCUCUGCAACUGUGUCCCCCUCCAUUAACUUGGACCUUAUCACCUCAGAUCAGUAUGUCCAGGCAUACCUGCACCACCUGUUCUCUGAUAACGGACCUGUGGCAGAGCUGAGGAACUACUUUAUCAAGGCAAGUGACAAUCUGAGAACACUAAGAACCCAGCCGGGAUGUACAAACAAGACAGGGGUGAGAAAUGUGAUAGAGGAAGGUGGUGGAGUGCAUCUGAAAGACCGGGCGCCGAGCACUGACAGAGAACAAAGAGUGGACAAAGAGGAUAAUCAGGACAAGACAGAAAGCAGAGGAAGACGAGAUGAGAGGGAGGAAUGCGAGCAGAGAGAUGAAAGAUUGCAACUGAGUAUUGCGGAGACGCAGCCGGAUGAGAGCCGCAAUCACAGUGCAACAAGCACAUAAAAGCCGUGAGUAGACAGCAGCAAUCACAAGGUGUGCGUCCUGUACUGAAGAGAAACAAACUCAGAGGCAUGAAGGAGUUUCGCAAUGUUUGUAAUUUACUCAGAGAGCGUACCUCACUGCUAGAUAGAAGCUGAAUGCUAGUUUGUCUGCAAUGCUAUCCCACAAAGUGUCAGCCUUGGUUGAAUAAGAACUCUGGAUUUCAGUGUUAUUUCUGUUGAGUGUGUUUCACAGGGUGAAGGUUUUUUUCAUGGACAUUUCACUUCCACAUAUUAGUCAGUCAAUAAAUGUAAGUUGUAAGAAAAGUAUUUGGGUGCUUAUUAAGGUAACUCAACCCUCAGAGGCUCUCAGAGUUUUGACCACACCAGUGGCAGUUUAAAUGGUAAAUAGACUUGCACUAGUAUAGCACCUUUAUAAUCUUCUGAACACACUUUUUACACUACGAGUCACAUUCACACAUUCAUACACACAUUCAUACACCGGUGGCUGAGGCUACCAUACAUGGUGCCACCUGCUACACGGCUUUAACCUACUCACACACGAUGUAACAGCCUGUACUUAAACAUGCAGACUGGAGUCGAUUAGUGGGCAACUAUAGGUGUCAACAUACAAUUGAGGGCACACAGGUAAAGUGCAGUUGCAAGUUGUUGACUGAAAUCGCUAACUGUGGCUAACAGCACUAGCACUGAUGACAGAACAUAAUUCCUACAACACUCGUGAGCAGUGCCUGACCUAACACAUUCAGUGCCCCGGGCAAGCUUCCCUUGCCCCCCCCCCCAACACCACCGCAAAGAAGAAAAAAAAGAAGUUAUGAUGAUCUUCAUAUUCAUUGUAUUUAUUACAAAGAAGAACAAGAGCUAA